UAUUAAUUAGCACAACAACUAAACAAAAACAGCCUGCGUGGACAAUUUAAUUUAAUAUAAAUAACAUUAAGAAAAGUUGAUUAAAAAUGAAUGAGUCAGAGAUCCCCAUCGACAUACACACUCUGAAGCUUCAAGAUUGGCUAAUCAGUCGAAGGAUCGUACCCAAGAAUGUGCAGCAGGAGAUUCGGGAUAUCCACAAAAAGAUAAGCAGUGCGCUACAGGACAUGCCAUCAAAUGAACAACUGAUUAAGCUACUGGCUAAGACAAAUAUUAACUAUUACCACGUCAAGGAAAUCAUUGAGAUCUUGAAGCAAACGGAGAAGGACACGAAAAGCGUAUUUGGUACCUACGGCAGCCAGCGCAUGAAGGACUGGCAGGAGAUCAGCAAACUGUACGAAAAGAAUGCCACCUACCUGGCCGAAACAGCUCAGAUCUUCGUACGGAAUGUGAACUACGAGAUUCCCGGUGUGCGCAAGCAAAUGACCAAGUUGGAGCAGCAAGCCGAUGAAAGUCAGAAGCGAGUCCACGAUCUAAACAAACCAGAGAGCCAGCUCCUGGCUGAGCACGCAGCUUUGUUGGAGCAACUGGGCGUCAAGGGUGACAACCUGCAUGCGGAGUUUGUGGAGGUCCUUGCUGGCCUCCCGGAGCUAUACUCCAAGUCCCUGAUCGACAUCGCCAAGAUUCAACCAGGCAUUGAUCUGUACGCCGAGGUCAGCGGUCACAAACAGGCACUGCCUAUCCUGAGUCACCUGGUGGAGUUCGGCAACACCACCGUCUAUCAAUACAUUCACAAGGAAGCUCCUUUGGCUGUCGAGGAGCCACCAAUUCAACUGAACCUCAGCGAGGACAUCGCCAGCAAAGAUGAUAAUGCCCCUCUUGAGAUUGACUUCGGAACGGACGACAAUGGCGGAACAUCCUCUACAGUUUCGGCGGAGAUAAUCGACUACGGAGACUUUGGAAGUGGCGACUUGCAGGAAAACGAUGCGGGCAACAUUGACUGGGGCAUUGAAAGUGCCCCCACCGAUGCGGUUGAAAUUAACUUUGACAUUCCCGUCGAGGAGUACGGAAUUGUAGUGGAGGGAACCGGGAUGGACGGCGGCACUGCCAAGGGUGAUCAGGCAUACACGUUAUUGGACUCGCCAAAAUAUCGUGAUCGUUUCCUGGACGAAAUAUACGAGCUGGAAUCCUUCCUGCGUUUACGUCUCUAUGAACUAAAGCAGUUAGAGUCCUCGAGCGAUAUUAUGUUCUCUCUCAUGGAUAAUAUUGCCACACACGAUGCGGAGAGCAUCAGGAAAAUCCUUGGUUCUGUAGAGAAAAUCAUCCAGCAGACUUCGGACGAGCAGACGCGGCAUCUUUUCCAACUGAAACACUCUCCGAAAUAUGCCAAUCUGCUAGUCACCAAGUUGCAGCAGAUGACUAAGGCAGUGGAGAAGCUGCGAUCGUCGCGAGAGGUGCUCAAGAAGCGAACCAUCGAGCUGCGUGAGCAGCGUCAGCAGCUGAAUCCCGUCCUGGAGGAACUGGUUGCCCAGACUCGCACUCUGCAGUCGCACAUCGAGAAGGAUAUAUCCAAGCGAUAUAAAAACCGAGUAGUCAAUUUGAUGGGAGGCGUUAACUAAUGUAAUUUUUUAAGUGUUUGUUAAAUAAACCGAAAAACGGGAAGGACAAAGAUGGCUUUGUAAAUUUUUUAAAAGAAGUUUAUUUUUAUUUUGCUAUUUUUAUUAAAUAUACAAAUUUUAUUUAUAUUGUGUUCUUUCUUUUUAAUUGCCAUUUUGCUUCUUUUUUGUAUCCAGAAUACAAACCUAAUUUUAGUGAAGUUUGUUGUUGGUUUCUUUUUUUUUACUUUUGUUUUGUUCAUAAAAGUAGGCUUACACAUUUAACGUUUUAAACUUUUACUUAAAUUUAAAAUUCUUAUGUUGCUGAAUUUGAAUAAUGUGUAAAACAAGAACAACGCUGUGAUUAACUUAAAUGUUUUAGGGCCUGUCUUGAAUUUAAGGAAAUUCAUCAAACAAAAUGUAAUAAAUCGGGAGUAGAACUUUGGGAGCUUGAAAAAAUCGGAAAUGCUAUAGAGUAGCUAUACAAGGUUUGGGUGUAAAAAGCCACAAAAUGUCGGGGUAUACAUUGGGAUAUCAACUAGACUUAGGCACUAAUCUAACAAAAGUGUGGCUGGCGGUAAUCAGCAGAAAGGCUUUAUAAGUAUAAUCAAUUCGUUAACUAAAUA